GUUAGAACCUGCUGAAGAGCAUCAUCUUCCAAGAGGAUUCUCCCUUCGUCCGCAGCAGCCAUCUCUCUCUCUAUCUCAAAACCCAAAGACAAUGAAGAGAUGGAAGGGUACACGAUCGUACAUGGACGGUGGUGCGAUGUGGAGGACGCUUAUUCAUGGUUAAACAAUAGAAGGGUACACGAUGGUACAUGGACAGUGGUGCGAUAUGGAGGACGCUUAUUCAUGGUUAAACACAGCAUAUUGUUGAUGCAUUUCUUUCGUCCACUCUGGAUGCUAACUACAUGUACAGACGGAAGGGUACACAAUGGUACAUGGACAGUGGUGCGAUGUGGAGGACGGUUAUUCAUGGUUAAACAACGGAAGGGUACACGGUGGUACAUGGACAGUGGUGCGAUGUGGAGGACGCUUAUUCAUGGUUAAACAGUAAGUCAAAUGCUGGGAAUAUAAAUCAAGAGGGAGUGCCUAGAUUUACCUAAUUUUCCACAUGUUCUUUUAAGGGUGAAUUUACUGCA